CCCUGCCUUAAACAGAUACACGGAAAUGUUUUUUAAACUGUUGCUGAACAUGUUUCCCCUCAGCUCUCUGGCCCCGGGGACCCGGCCCCCCACCCCUCUGCACAGCCUCAACAGAGGGGAGGACGUCCUGGAGUACUACAUCAGAACCUUCUACCCCUCGUCCCCCCUGGCUCUGCAGUUGGUGUCCUCUCCCAGUAAGCUGACACCACCUUUCCCUCGGAUAUUCUCCCCGUCCCUCGGUGCCCAGGGCUUCCUACAGAGCCAGCCUCCUCCACGUGGAUCUCCGGCCCCGGUGGUCUCCUCGGCCCCUGUCAUGACGUCCCUCCAGUCCUCCACAUCGCUCGGCUCCUGGCUGGCCGAGAUGCAUCGCGGAGCCAGCACUUUAGACAUCUGCCGCGUGGCCCCCAGCUUCCUCUCCCAGGGGCCCGAAAUGGCCGACUACAGGGAGGCCCUGGAGGAGCUGCGACUACUGUCCCGGUGUUACCGCGACGACAGCAUGAUGCACUCCUCGUCAGAAGAGAGUGAUGAUUACUGAUGCUGGUAGCUUUCUGGUCGUGAUUUGAAUAGACUGCUAACGCAUCAGCCCGCAUGCACACACACACACACAUGCACAGCAAGAAGAGGAGCGGGGCCCCUUGUUUGAUUUAUAUAACAGAAUUAAGUGAAGUGUCAGAUGAGGGAAUAUUAGAAGGUUAGACCACAUUGAGGUGAUGAAUGUAGCAUCAUGUGACUGUAUGGACUGUGGUUACAUUUCCCUAAAUUACUGUUUAACUGUAAUGAAAUGUGUUUUUUAUACUAAGUAUACAUAAAAAGAUUGUUUUUUU